AUCUUUGAUGCUGCGAUGCUGUGGGCGGCGCUGCUGGCGUUGCUGCUGACGCGGGAGGCGUGGUCGUGGGUAGCGGUACCUCGUUUUCCUGCCUGGCGGUCUCCUGAAGUCUUUAUUCCCCCCUCUAGGGCUCCUCACUCCAUUCCCCGAGCCCCUAACCCUGCUGGCGCCUCUCAUGCCUUCAUGUUGUCACCGCCCAUCACGCCGCCUCGUCACCCACCAGCCGCGCUUCCCCAAGAAAUCCUCUCCUCCCUCGGCUCCCUUCUGGAUCCCCUCGGCCUUUUCUCUAGCAGGGGCGAGGACAGGGUAGGGGCGGCAGGGGAAUCAGGAGAGAGUGAGGGCUACGCCACCGCCACCACCGCCCAGCCGCCUCCCCUCGUGUACUUCCCCGAGGGUCAUGCGGAGUGUCAGGACUUUGCCCCCGCUGGUUUCAACGCCUACAGCUUCCUCUCCUUCAUGUUCGCCGUCGCUAAUCUUGUGGGCCUUGUGGCCAACAACGUCAACAACAACCUCAACAACGACAACAAUAAUAACAAUAACAACAACAACAACCUGGACAACAUCAACUUGGCCGACAGCAACAGCAACAUCAACAACGACAACACUGUAGACAUUCCAGCGGCGGUGAGGCGUCGACGACGACGACGACGACGACGACAAACUGAAUGGGUGAAAGAGAACAGGGUUGAGGAAGAGGCUGAAGCAGAAGUGUCCCUGGUCGCCAUAGACUUUAUAAAGGGAUUGAGGACAGCUAUGAUAGUGCCUGACACCGCCUGCGCCCUCAGGAACAUGUGCGAGGUGAACAGGGCUGCCAUAGGGCGCGGGGAGGCCGGACCCGUGCUGGCGGAGGUGCUCAGCGUGGCCUUGGUGGAGUGGUACCCUCGCCACCCACCUCCUGCUGGAGCCGCGGCGCUCCUCUUCGCGGCGGGGGGCGGGCGGCGGGGGGAGAACUGCAGCGCCACCCACCCUGACUGUCCUGACGCCACCUGGCACCACCUAGCGGAUGAUCCGACGGAGGACACCCUGACGGAGACUCUGACGGUGACGCUGACGAGUGAUGAUCUUGACGACUUCCCGGACCUGGCCAGUCUGAUACACGUGUCUUCAGUUCCUUCCUCAUGCAACACAACUUGGAACACUGACUCAGAAACGCUCUAGUGUUGCAGUAAAUGUUUUUUUUUUUUUUUUUUAAGUUAAGUUACAUUAUUAAACUUUAUGUGAAAAAUAAAUACCCUGAUUACUAAGUAACUUGUACGACGUGAUGUGAUUCAAUGUGACAUGACGUGACGCGACGUGACGUGACGUGACGUGAGUAGUGUUGUCAAUGGACGUGUCUUUUAUUGUAAUGACGAGUGCGAUGUCUUUUGUUGGAGUGAAGAUUUUGAUCCUUUAGUUUUAUUCAGUGGACUAUGGUAGAAGUAGUAGUAGUAGUAGGAGGAGGAGGAGGAGGAGGUGAACGGUGAGAAGGAGGAGGAGGAGGUGAAUGGGAUAAGGAGGAGAAGGAGGAGAAGGAGGAGGAGGAGAAGGAAUUUUUGUUUUAAUAAGUAUAGUUGUUCGGUGACCUUUCCUGCCUGACCUCUGAAAAUGAUAAUGAUGAUGAUGAUGGUAAUGACUAACUGAGUGAUUUAAUUCCUUGGCUUCCUAACGACGAAAUUAAUAUAGCACAAAUAAAUGAAUAGAUAAAAAUAAUAAAUUAAUAAAUGAAAUAAUAAAUAAAUACUCGUAACACUUGAGAAAUCCUGCCACAAAAUUAACAGUUACAGGAGGUUAAAAUGCAAACAAGAGAAUGGCCAAAUUGCAAGCACUUUUAAAGCUGAUGUAGAAUGUCGACUUUCUCCGCAAAAUAGUAGCGGAUGGAGGUGAGAGGGGAAUGCGUUUUGCUGUUCAGCGUCAGUAGUGCAGCGGCAGAGGAAGGGGAUGGAGGUGCGCCGCCUGCUGCUGGAGCCUCACAUUGACACACUGCCUCUGUUGUUGCUGUUGCUCGUGGCGACUUCAGGCAACCCUCGUGCACAGCGGCAUGGAGCUUUCCUGCGGCGCUCCUUCCAAACACUGACACGCGGGAGGGGCGCUCACUGGAUCCUGUCACUCUUCACAUCGCUAAAGUUAACACAUGCCUCAUCCCUCCGUCAGUAGUUCGCUAGUAUUACAGUAUGUCUAUGUCACUUGGCCUCUCAGCGGCUUCCCUUGUUGCAUGGCACUUCGAGAUCGUCGGCGCCUCCUUCAACUCGCUUUCCGAGGAGCAGCCCGGUAUUGCGGUGCUCAGAGGGAGUCCUAGCGAAGGUGGAUUCAUUAGGGACGUCGCGCGAAGGAAUGCUGACGGGAAAAGAAGACGUGAUGAGGCAGGGAGGAAGCAAAGAGGAGAUGGCGGUAGGCGGGGACUUAUACACCACGGAAUGAAGAAGGGAAUGGGACGGGCUGAGGCUGACCAGCACGAUGGACGGGAAGCGACGUCAAAGCAGGAGACAGAAGGGCAGCGCAGGAACACGCAUGAGGACGACGUGGCACUCGUUUGGGGGAAGACCAAUGGAGGGGAAGGAGAGGCCACAGAGAAGUGGACACAUAGCUCGUCUGCAAUCCGGGAGCGGCGGGAGGCGAGGAAACAGUGUGGCACCAAAGGGUCUGGCGUGAACGUGUUGGCCGUGAUGAGUGCCACGGUGCUCACGGCACAGCUGAUCAUGAACAUAGUCAACAACAACAACAACAAUAACAACAACAAUAAUAACAAUAACAAUAACAACAACAACAACAAUCUCAACGACAACGACAACAUGGUGAUGACGACCAACGAAAACAUGAACGCGGUGGGGCGGAGGCUUGCUAGCGGGGUUCGCGACGCCGCGGGGAGGUGCCGGUGCGGCGCGGCGUGGCGGGGGCGGGAGGGGCGGCGGCGGCGGGGCGUGAUGAGGUAAAAUUUCCCUGCGCUUUGGAACCCGUGACGCCAAGAAUACUGUAGUGUCUGUAGCUGAAGAGGAUAAUGAUGACUGUAGUGAUGGUGGUACUAGUGGUGAUGGUGGUGGUGGUGAAUGCAAUAAACUUAGUGAAGGUU